AUGAGGCAAAAAGCCACAGGAGUGCAUGGAGCUGCCAAGCCUAUAAACUACGCCGAGCUCUUGACAGAAGAGGGCAACACUUCGCUGCAUCCAAAAGCCGGCGCCGAAACAGUAAGCAAAAGCAGCCGUGCCCUCGCCGCCCAUCCGGCGGCGCAGCAAAGAGAAACGGCGGACUUCCAGAGACCAAGGUUCAAGAAAAAGUCGGGGGACCGCGAGGUCUUCGGCAGGUUUUUGGCCCCCAACCCCACCAAAAUCUCAGAGAAGAUAUCCGCCUUCUGUGUCACCGUGCCAUGGUUUGCAAGUUCAUCCCCGCCCGUUGCGGACUUGAGGCGGGCCAAGACGCGGACAAUGGACGAAGAGCGAAAACGGGCGAGCAGCAGGGAUGCCGCUUCUCGGGGCCCGGGACAACGCCAUAUGCCCGCUCAUCUGCCCGUUCGAACCAGAGAGCGCAGAGGUGCAUAG